UAGCAACUUUAGUCAAGUAAUUUUACCCGUUGUGUGUUUUAAUGACUGUCGUUUUGUUGCUAAUUCCUUUUUCUUAGUUGUCUUAAUAAAACUAACGUUGUCGUAUUUGAAGAGGUAAAAAUAAAUGGCAUGCACUUAAACGAUAAGUUAUUUAAGUAGUUUUAAACUGUAUUUUCUUGCUAAUUUUUUGUUUGCUACCCUUUCCAUCGUUGUUUUAAUUAAUAUAACCUUUCCUAUCGUAUUCGAUGCAAAAUACAAUGUUUUGUAAGAUCAGACUGCAGCUUUCAGGCGAGCCAAAGUUGUGAAGUUUUCCACGGUAGUAACUUGUAAAAAAAUCUGCGAAUCUAACCCCGAUCUAAUGCUCAUAAAGUUAAACGAUUCUUGUGCAAAAAAUACAGUAAGGAACUGGUGACGAGUCUUGAACUUGUAACCCCUGGGUUAAAGGUAGGCAGGUCAACCACAACUUAAACAUCACAUUAUAUUUUCCAGCUGUAUCAAAUAUAUUUAAGCUAGAACAUAAUAAUGAACGAACUAACUUUAAGUGACAACCAAGAUACUAUGCGAGGAACCUCCGACCAUGGCUCCCUCACCAAUAUGAGCGAGGCAGAGAUACUUGAACAAAUGAUUUCAAGGAUUUGUAAAAGAAAUGCCAACAUAAUUACGGAGAUGGUGAUUUUCACUGUCGCGAUCGUGCUCGGGUUGUUUGCAAAUGCUGCGGUCGGAUUCGUCUGUGGGACCCGGACGGAACCGGAAAACCGAAGCGCUAAUCGUUCGAAAUGGAUGAUUCUCCAAAUAGUGGUGGCAAACCUUGUGUAUUUAAUCUUUGCAUUAAUACACACGAUAACGGAACUGAUCGGCCAUUGGACACUUGGUGCAACGAUGUGCAAGUUAUUUCGAAUGGCAAUUGACGCGAGUUGCUUCGUUGUGGCUUGCUCACUUAUAAUCGCCAACGUAGACCUCUUGUUCAUGAAACUCGGCUCCGCUUUUCAACCACCCAAAUUUUUCUCCUGCUCCGGCAAGCUACACCGACGCCUCGUCUCCUUGGCAGUUUGGGUGAUUUGUAUUUGCGUCAGUAUCCCGGCCUUUAUGUAUUCUAACCUCGGUAUGUGCAAAGAUUGCGUCGUCGUUUACCCCAUCACCAAAGACGAAAUGUGUGUAAUGGUUGGUUUGGACGAAGAAGCUUGCAACAGAGAAAAGUCACUGUUUGAUCUCUCUGAGAUCAACAACCCAUCACAAGAAUACGACUAUUUUAUUCCUGAAUAUGCUGACCCGGGAAAAGAUUCCCUUCUUACGCCAUGGGAGGGUAAUGAUUAUGGAGCAGAGGGACCGACAUUUAUCAAUGAAACAGGUGGCGUGGUAAACAUUGGACAGCCGACUUCGUGCAAAGCCGACGCAGCCCGAUCAUAUCGCACAUCCCUCUACUUGAAGUUUCUCUUCCAUUUCUUGCUUCCAGUCAUACUGAUGAUUCUACCGUUCGUAGCUUCGUUCAUGGCGAAUGAAUCGCAGCAGCCAACACGUGAAUCUCGUACUUGGUCAAUCACAAUUAAUGUCACGAACAUUCUGUUUAUCGUAUGUUGGCUACCUGUAUUCGCUAUAGAGAUGGCAAGAGUGAACACGAUACCAGCAUCUCCUAGUUUCUGUGAUGGCCUUCUACUUUACAGUAGAUUCUCGAUCACUUUUAACCCGGUCUUGUUCCCAUUCCUUUACAUGGCAGUCACACCCAACUUCAGCUAUCACCUAUUCACAUCUGCCGCAUCAGUGGCAUACAGGCUUGCUGAACGCGUCACCCCUUCUAACGAUAUCAAUCUACGCAAGCAAACAACGAAACAACCAGAGGCAAACGAAAUUGAACGACAAACGUUGGUGGGACAAGGGCCGGCGCUCCCCGCCACAAAGAUUGCCUGAAUAACAAUUUCAGUGGCUCUAAAGUACAACAGACUAUAGUAGGCAGCCAAUAAAAUAAGCCUAAAGCACCAGCGUUAUCCUACAUUUCAAACCACUCAAAUCGCACUGUUACGCUUUAGUCAUGGAUUCAUUUUCCUCGACUUGAUUGGUAUCGUGCUUCUACAUGCGUCUUUUUCGAAACAGGUGUAACCUGAGCGUAACAAAGUGGUUUGAUUGAUUGAAAAAAGAGGUGGCUGCAGGCUGGCUACCAGUAUAUAUUUUAAAAAUACGCCUCUCGGUUAUAUGUGUUUGAGCUGUAAGUUAGAGUUUUUACUCUAAUUUGAACUGUAAGCCUCUGUAUAACCGGUGUAAAUAUGUAAGUAGAAAACCAGUGAUGUCUUUAAUAUUAAACAUAGAUGUUUUUACCAUGGCCUAGAUUCGAACUCUAACCUCUGCCUGUUUAUACAGCCUUCCUAAUAUUUUAGACUUCAUAUAAACCUCAUUUCUAUAAAAACUUUACGUUUUUCAAAGUUAAUAAUGUCUUUUACUUGGACAUAUCGCCUUACGUGUAACUACCCGCACCUGUGUAAAUAUCAUUGAAAAUAAAAUCAAAAUUUGAGCAAUGGA